AUGAUUGGGGCCAACAGCCUUGUCAUCGAACUGGAUCCCGGAAGGUUGGUGCAACUCCAAUGGCAGGAUCCUGCGUUACGGAUGGUCGUACCCGCCUUUUUGAAUUUAACUUCACCAAAUGUAUCAAUAAUUGGAAAUUUUCAUUUAUUCAUUGUUUUGAUGGAAUACCAGGAUCAAACGAAUCAGGAGAAGGAAUCCCACAUUCUUGUCUUUCAGCUUACUCGCGUAGCUGCUGAGGACAUCGCAAACCCGAAAAGACUCGACUUGGUGAUU